GAACGAGGGGCAACAGUUCUAUUGAGCAGGAUAACUCGGAACUGUCACUGAAACCAGAGGUUUAUAGACAUAGCUAGCAAAAACAAACGACGGGAUGUCAAUACCCUUUUCAAACACCACCCUUCGUGUCCCUCGGGGUUUUGGAAACCUCCUGGAGGGGCUGGCACGAGAAGUCCUGAGAAGUCAGCCGAAGGACAUCCCGACAUUCGCCGCCUUGUACUUCGGUGCCCUUCUAAAAGAAAGAGAAGAAAGCGGCCUGGAUCCUGCAGAGUGGGGAGCCAAACUUGAAGACAGAUUCUACAAUAAUCAUGCAUUUCAGCCUGAAAAAGAGAAGGAAGCGGAUGGCAGUUCUGAGCCUCAGCAAGAAGCAGUGGGGACCAUCCAUGAGAGCAGCGUGGCUGGGACCCCAAGCUACAUUGAGGACGAAUUCAUCCAGCCGGUUCACCUGGCAACCGUCGCCAGCGCAAACUUUAACGUCUUCGACGACGACGUGCCACGUGUGGAGUCCUGUCGCCCGCCGUCGGAGAUCGUCCAUGAGAGCAGCGUGGCUGGGACCCCGAGCUACAUUGAGGACGAAGUCAUCCAGCCGGUUCACCUGGCAACCGUCGCCAGCGCAAACUUUAACGUCUUUGACGACGACGUGCCACGUGUGGAGUCCUGUGGCCCGGCGUCGAUUGGCAGCAAGCCUGAAGAAGUAGAUGGCAGUCCUGAGCCUCUGCAAGAACCAGUGGGAACCGUCCAUGAGAGCAGUGUGGCUGGGACCCCGAGCUACAUUGAGGACGAAGUCAUCCAGCCGGUUCACCUGGCAACCGUCGCCAGCGCAAACUUUAACGUCUUUGACGACGACGUGCCACGUGUGGAGUCCUGUGGCCCGGCGUCGAUUGGCAGCAAGGCAAGUGAGGACAUCUGCAAUGCUGAGCUGGACCCAUCACCCGUGGCCCCAUAUGGAGGGCUGCAAGUGCCCGGGGGGAUGGGGAAUUUUGACCUUACCACUGCAAUGGUAACUCCCAGCCCUCUGCCCACUCCACUCGGGGUCCCAGAGGACAUCCCUGCAUCAGCGACUCCAGGAAGCCUCCUACUGGACUUUGGAGAUGAGGAGGUGGAGCAAAUGCCAGAAGCCACCCCAGGUUAUGCUGCUGAGGAACCUGCUCUGAUGGUAAGCAUGGCAGAACCCGUGAGGGGGGAGGCCCCUGGAAGGCCAGAGGUAGUUGUGGAACACGGAGAAGGACAGGAGGAACUUCAAUCGAAGGGAGGAGACACAUCCAGAAGUGAACCCCAAACAGGAGGAGAGGAGACUUCACAUUUCGAUCCGCAUGUCCAAGCCAAAGAGGAUGACCCGUCUUUUGGAAAAGCUCUAGGCUCUGCAAAAGAAGAGGACCCACCCUUAAGAACAGCUUUAGACUUAGCUAGGCAUGAAGGUAGCACUGGAGAGAGUAAUGUUCCAGAGAGUAUCCAUUCUCAGAAGACCUGUACUGAAGAAUGCUUCGCCAUGGCUGAAGCCACCAAUAGAGAAACACCUCCCCAGAAUUCAGAGAGCCUCUCUGAUGACAAGGCUUGUGAUGUUGAAAUUGAUGGUAAACAGGAGAUGAAGAUGGAAGCUAUAGUUGCAGAUGCUGAAUCAGAUGAAAUACGUGGUGGAGAUCAGGAUAUAUCUAAGGAGGAGGUGAGAAUAACAGCCGAGGAAGAGGAUACGAAGGAAUCAGUGGAGUCCGGACAGGAUAUAGGGUCUGAGGAGCAGGAAGAGGGUAAAGAGUUAGAAAAGCAGAUUAGGGAGUCAGAAGAUCUGAACCAAGAUGCAGAAUCAGAAGAGCAGGAACAAGGUAAAGAGUCAGAGGUGCAGGAACAGGGUACAGAGUCAGAGGAACAGGUUAAGGAGUUGGAAGAUCUGCACCAAGGUGUACAGUCAGAGGAGCAGAGCCAUGGGGCAGAAUUGGAGGAGCAGGAACAGGGUAAAGAGUCAGAGGUGCAGGAACAGGGUACAGAGGAACAGGAACAGAUUAAGGAGUCUGAAGAUCUGAACCAAGGUGCACAGUCAGAAGAGCAGAAACAAGGGGCAGAGCUGGAGGGGCAGGUGCCAGCCGUGAUACCAGAGGUCAGCGUGGAUGAAAGAGAGCCUAAGGUGGAAGGGAACGAUAGUGACAAGCAGGAGCCAGAGCAGCAGGAAGAGGAGACGGUCCUGCCUUUGGGUGAAGAUGGUUCCCACAAGUUCCAUUGA